AUGUCUCAUCAAACUCCAAUUGCCGUCAUUGGCAUGGGCUGUCGCCUCCCUGGAGGGGCUCAUAGCCCUGAAGCACUGUGGGAGAUGCUGUCAGAAGGACGAAGUGGAUGGGGUGAGGUUCCUGCGGAACGGUGGAAUUGGAAAUCAUUCUACCAUCCUUACAACGAGGCAAAGGAGUCACUCAAUUCCAAAAGCGGCUACUUCUUAAAUCAGGAUAUUGGUGCAUUUGAUGCCAAAUUCUUCAAUAUCGCCUCUUAUGAGGCCCACGCUAUGGAUCCACAGCAGCGCAUUCUGCUGGAAACCACGUACGAGGCACUCGAAAAUGCGGGCAUUCCACUGGAGAGUAUCAAAGGUUCCAACACAUGCGUCUACGUCGGAAUUUAUGCUCGAGACUACGAUAGAAUGGGUUUCAAGGAUCUGCCGCAGAUCACAAAACUUCACAUCACUGGGACUGGAGAAGCAGUUGUCUCGAACCGGAUCUCGUAUUUAUUUGAUCUUAAGGGCGCCUCGGUCACUGUUGAUACUGGUUGUUCUGGUAGCAUGGUUGCCUUGCAUCAGGCGUGUCAAAACCUGAGGACUGGAGAGUCCAGCAUGGCCAUCGUGGGAGGAACUCAACUGCUUUUGCAUCCUGAUCAGGCAGUGGCCAUGAGCAUGGUUGGCAUGGUGAAUCCUCAUGGCCGAUGCUAUGUCUUUGACAGUCGGGGUUCGGGCUAUGCUCGAGGAGAAGGUGUCGGGACAAUUAUCCUCAAGCGUCUGGACGACGCUAUUGCAGCGGGCGAUCCAAUCCAUGCAGUGAUCCGUAAUUCUGGGUUAAACCAGGACGGCAAGACAGCGGGAAUAUCUCUCCCGAGUCCAGAUGCCCAGGCGGCGCUGAUGAGAUGGGUGUAUUCGACUGCCGAUGUCGACCCUCGAAACACCGUUUACGUCGAGGCCCAUGGCACAGUAAGACUGGCUGUUCUUGUAUAUUUAUUUGCUGAUUCUGACAUAUUGUAUAGGGAACUCAGGCUGGUAGGCUGGACCUUAAGCUCAUCUCAGAAACAAACGCUUACCAAGUCUGAAACAGGUGACAAUGCAGAGAUCUCAUCAAUCAACGAAGUCUUUUGUGAAGAGGCAAAGAGAAAGUCCGAUAUUUAUGUUGGCUCAAUCAAGUCUAACAUUGGACACUUGGAGGCCUCAAGCGGUAUUGCGGGCAUCAUCAAGGGUAUUAUGAUUGUCAAGAAAGGAUUGAUCCCACCCAAUAUCGAUCUUGAGACCCCAAAGCCUAGUCUAAAACUGGAUGAGCGCAAGAUCAAGAUUCCGCUUCAACUCACUCCGUUGCCAGAACCCGAGCAACCUGGUCCAAGCCGAGUGUCCCUGAACAGCUUUGGGUACGGUGGGACCAACGCACAUGUUAUUCUUGAACCAUCUGGAAGCAGUACCGAAUACUCAACACCUCAGGCCACAUCAAAUCAUAUCAAUGGCAAUUUAGAAGAUAAUGGCUUGAUUAAUGGAGUCAACGAGCAUCGCAAUGGGACUUCAAGCGAUGAAUUGGUUACAAAUGGCGCUAUUCAGGCCGGUCUUCCGCAAUUAUUCGUCCUCAAUGCAGCAUCCGAGAAGUCACUCCUGGAGUCUGCCAAAAAUAUACAGGACUGGAUCUCAAACGGCGGGUUGGAUAAGUACCAACUCGCUGAUCUCUCCUACACAUUGAAUGUUCGGCGGUCACUCUUGCCGUUCAAAACGAGCCUAGUUGCGUCGACCAAGGAUGAGCUCAUGUCUGCCUUACAACCCAGCAAUAUUCGAGCUACCAAGCUCCCUCACUCAGUUUCAGUUGUCUUCGUGUUCACUGGACAAGGUGCACAAUGGCAUGCUAUGGGUCGCGAGUUGAUUAAACUGCCAGGCAGAUUCAAAGACUCGAUUUCAAAGUCAGACCGACUCAUUCAGAGCUUCGGAUGCCAAUGGAGCUUGAUUGAGGAGCUUUAUAAAGACGAACAAACAACUAGAGUCGCAGACAGUGAACUGUCUCAACCCCUGACCACAGCUAUUCAAAUCGCUCUUGUCGAUCUGCUUGCUACCUUUGGAAUUGCACCUCAAUGCGUCUGUGGCCACAGUUCUGGUGAGAUUGGAGCGGCAUACGCAGCCGGUGCUCUCACUCAUGAAGCUGCAAUUGAAAUUGCCUAUCGAAGAGGCUUGUGUUCAACGGCAGCCAAGAAGGCCAACUCGGUUAAAGGCUCCAUGCUGGCAGUUGGUAUUGGCGAGAAAGAAGUUUUGCCCUAUGUGCAGCAGACCACUAAGGGCUUGGUUACCGUUGCAUGUGUCAACAGCCCCGAAAGCACUACCAUUUCGGGCGACGAAGCCGCAAUUGACGAACUGUCUGAGGUUCUGACCGGUCUCGGCAUCUUCAACAGGAAGCUCAAGGUCGACACAGCUUACCACUCCCAUCACAUGAAGAAGAUUGCGGAUCAAUAUGUUCAAUCGAUUCAGCACGUUGUCACGGGCGUCCCUCAACCUGGUGUCACUUUUUACUCGUCGGUAACUGCCCACAAGAAGACAUCUGACUUUGGGCCAGCGUACUGGACAGAGAACCUGGUUUCAAAGGUUAGAUUCAGUGAGGCUUUGCAGCUCCUCGCCGAGGAUAUUGCUAGAUCAAAACAGUCUACCAAUGUGGCCAAUAUAUUUGCCGAGAUAGGGCCUCAUGGGGCAUUGUCGGGACCCAUCCGGCAAAUCUUGAGCAAGCUUAACACCCGCUCAUUCAAGUUUUCCUAUGUUUCCGCUCUGUCCCGAAACAAGCACGCUGUUCAGUCUGUUCUGGAACUGAGUGGAAAGUUUGUCGAGUGUGGAUGCCCCGUUCAGUUUGAGAAUGUUCUUGUUUUGAACGGCUCCGAUGAACAGUGGAAAACCAUUAGCGAUCUGAGUCCCUACCCGUGGGAUCAUUCGCUGUCAUACUGGUACGAAUCGCGCAUGAGCCGCGAUCAUCGCUUGCGGGAGUUUCCCUAUCAUGACCUUCUCGGACUUUUGGAUGUUGCGAGUUCAAUACACGAGCCCAGAUGGCGGUACCAUAUCAAUGUCGAUUCUUCGCCCUGGCUGAGGGAUCAUGUCGUUGAUGGCUUUAUGAUUUUCCCCGGCGCAGGGUAUCUGUGCAUGGCGAUCGAAGCCAUGAAGCAGCUUGUUCAACUCCGCAAGGUUCCGGGAGACAUAUCAAACUACAUCCUGAGGAAUGUGGUGCUAUCCAAGCCUAUUAUCGUGCCUGAUCAACGACCCGAUAGUUUCACCCCUGAUGUUGAAGUUCAAAUCACCCUGAGCCGCAUGAGGACCUCCGACGGGAGUCGAUGGGAAUCAUUCCGAAUCUUCUCCUAUUCUCCAGAGGGGUCCGGAACUUGGCACGAGCACUGCUCCGGGCUUGUUUCUGUGGAAAUGGCGUCCAAAGUAGAUGAGGUCGAAGGAACAAGAGAGGAAGAAUUCCUCGCUUCGUCGUACCGGGAAACCUUUGACGCGAUUCGGCAGGCCUCCAAUACCGAACUUGACCCCAAGAAGUUCUACGAUGACCUGAAGGAGACAGGAAACAAUUUCGGUCCCACAUUUUCUGCCAUCACUGAGAUUCAGCUGGGAAAACGUGAAGGCUGUGCAAAGGUGGCCGUUCCAGAUAUCCCAGCCUGCAUGCCUCGCCAGUUCCUGCAGCCACACGUCAUCCACCCGGCAACUUUGGACGCGAUAAACCAACUGUCUGUCGUGCUCUUCAAGAAAGAAUGCAUCAAUGCGCCCCUAAUGGCCACCUUUUUCAAGGAGAUCAUCAUCUCGGCGGAAAUUACAUCGACUCCCGCAGAUGAACUGCUCGUCGCUCUGAACAUUGAACCCGAGGGUAGGCGCUCCGCAUCUGGAAGCACCUUUGUUUUCCAGAAAAAGGAAGAUUCGGACUUGUCUCUGGUGCUACAUGCCACAGGCUUGCAAUUGAAGGCCGUGGGUGAAGCCUUGUCUGAGGACGAGCAGACUCCAUUCCAUCGCAAGAUGAGCUACAGAAUGCAGUGGCAGCCUGAUGUUGACCUGAUGUCCCAGACUCAGCUUCAAGACAUCCUCACCUCCACCACGCAGUCUCGUACAGCCAUGCAGCAGCCCCUUGCUGUCGUUUCUGAGGAACUCGGUGUGGUCGAGAAACAGACUGUGGAGCAGAAACUUGCGCUGCUUGAGCGAGCGGCAGCAAUAUAUCUGCGAGACGCUUUGUCGCAAUUACCCGAAGAUUUUGCAGGGAAGCCCGCACCACAUCUUACCAAGCUGUUGGAAUGGAUGAGAGUAUUCCACAAAUCAGAGAUCAGCAACGAGAUGCUCAAGGGUCUUACCACUGUCGACGAGGACAUAGUUCUCCAGAAGGCCCUGCUAGCGGGAAUUGAGGGUCUGAUGCUGUCUCGCAUUGGGCUUAACCUUCCUGCUAUUAUCAACAACCAGAUCGAGGCAAGCGAACUCAUGCAUGAGGAUGGCUUGCUUUCCAAGUUCUAUACAGAAGGCCUUUUUGCUCAAAACUACCAACACACGAUUGAAUACGUCAAGUCUCUUGCCUUCAAGAAGCCUCAUAUGAAGAUCCUUGAAGUCGGUGCCGGCUUGGGAGAGCUAACACUUCCACUGCUGCGGGCGCUCGAUCGGCCAGAGGGAUUGAUGGUAGGCCGCUAUGAGUUCACCGAUGUUACGUCGAAGUUGUUUGAGCAGGCUAAGCCUCUGCUCCAAGAAUGGUCAAGCCGCUUGGACUUCAAAACUCUGGACCUUGACCUUGAUCCGACAGACCAGGAGUUCUCAGCAGGGACAUAUGAUCUCAUCAUUGCAACCAAUUCCCUCUCUUGCACCAGCAGCACGUCAACGACAUUGAGUUAUAUCCAUAAACUGUUGAAACCAAGUGGAAAGCUUGUCUCCAUUGAAUUGACCCGUGCAACAGCAGCCCUUACAACAGUUCUCGGUACAUUGCCAGGAUGGUGGGCUGCUGAGGAUGAGCGCCAGGAUGGUCCUCUACUCUCCGAGACACAGUGGCAUAGUGCUCUGGUUCAGAAUGCUUUCAGCGGUGUUGACAUUGCGACCAAUGAACUCGAUGGGCCAAAAUCAAGAACUUCCAUGAUUGUGUCAACAUCUUUGGACUCGGAAUCCAUUGAACACGAUGCGCCUUCUGCGCGCGUGCACAUCCUGGCCUCGGAAUCUGCGUCGCCCUUGUUUCAAAGACUUGCAGAGGAAUUGUCGACGGCACUCCAAGAGCUGGGCAUCGAGAGCAUCAUAUCUGCGUGGAACUUCCAAGAGUCCUUCGACCUGGACACUACGUAUGUGGUAUUGGAUGAUAUGGACCAUCCAUUGUUACUUGACCCGUCGCCCGAAGAGUUCGAACAACUCAAAACGCUCUUCAUCAGCAGCAGAUCCCUCCUCUGGAUCAACGCACAAUCAUCUGUAUCUACAGAGGGAACUGCGGCGAAGGGUCUGGUGAAUGGAAUGGCCCGCGUAGCACGACGUGAAAACGAGGGCAUCAAGUUCAUCACCUUAGAUGUACAGGAGGGCAUUGUCGACUUUGGGCCAGAACUUAUCAAGACAGUUCUGGAGAUUGCUACUGCUUGCUUCUGGCCCACGUCUGAAUCGCAAAGGUCCAAUGAGCAUGAAUAUGCUAUCUGCAAUGGUCUCGUCCAUAUUCCUCGAGUACAGCCCGAUACCAAGUUCAACGAAUGGAUUGACCAGGCUGUUGGCAGCGACCGGCUUGAUAUCUGCCCAUAUCAAGAGGAGGGUCGCGCGCUGAAGCUUCAUGUCGAGACACCGGGUCUCCUGAGCAGUCUCAGAUUUGUGGACGAUGACUCCAUCACGGCCGAUCUGUCUCCAGAGGAGGUGGAAAUCGAGGCCAGGGCGUAUGGCAUCAACUUCAAGGACGUCUUCAUCGCUCUGGGCCAGAUGCUCCCUGGUAUCAACAUGGUCGGUGAGGUGGCUGGCGUCGUCACCGCCGUGGGAUCAUCAAUGCAGUCGCGGUACAAGGUUGGAGACCGAGUCGCGGGUGUCGGAGCGCAGCCAUUCACCAGUCGGGCCCGGGUCAAGGGCUUGAUGGCCUGCUCGCUCCCUGACUCUAUUUCAUUUGCGUCUGGCGCAUCCAUUCCCAUUAUCUUCAUGACGGCCUACCACUGCAUAUUUGAAGUCGCAAGACUUCAGAAAGGGCAAACUAUUCUGAUUCAUGCUGGAUCAGGAGGUGUUGGUCAAGCGGCAAUCCAAUUCGCACAACAUAUUGGAGCAGAAAUCUUUGCGACUGUGGGCAGCACCGCUAAGAAGCAGUUACUGAUCGACGAAUACAACAUCCCCGAGAGCCAUGUCUUCUCGACCAGGUCAAGGACCUUCAAGCAUGGUGUUCUGCGUCUCACCAAAAACAAGGGCGUGGAUGUGGUUCUCAACUCCCUCUCUGGAGAAUGGCUGAAUGAUUCCUGGGAAUGUGUUGCUCCGCUCGGCACAUUUGUGGAAAUCGGUAAGAGUGAUAUCUACAAGCGAAGUCACUUGAGCAUGGUGCCCUUCGACCGCAGUGUGACCUUUGCAGCUGUGGAUCUGGUUGUUCUCUUCGAGACUCAGAUGGAGCGGAUGAAUGAAGAGUUCAAGAAGGUGAUGUCUAUGUUUGAGACGGGCAUCCUUGCACCUGUGUCUCCGGUAACGACCUAUCCUGUUUCCAAGAUCGAGGAGGCCUUCCGCCUGAUUGCAUCGCGCAAACAUACCGGAAAGGUCGUGGUGGAGGCGGAGCCUGGUGCUACGGUCAAGGCCGUCUUGGGCAGACCAGCACCGCUACAGCUGGAUCCCGCAGGAAGCUAUGUUGUUGCUGGUGGUCUGGGAGAUCUUGGUAAGAGGAUCUGUCGGCUGCUGGCAACCCAUGGAGCCAAGCAUGUGGUGACCCUUUCCCGUCGGGAAUUGUCUCAAGAUGACAGACAGGUGUUUGAGAAUGAGAUCAAUGAGCUCGGAUGCAUGCUGCACAUCGUCAAGUGUGACAUUACGGACAAGACCUCAGUUCAGCAAGCAGAGGGAUACUGCAGAGAAAACCUGCCGCCUGUCAAGGGAGUCAUCCAUGCAGGCAUGGUUUUGCGAGACCACCCAAUCGAACUCAUGACACCCGAGGACUACACACAAGCGACUAAGCCCAAGACACAGGGUACAAUCAACUUGCACUCGAGCUUACAAAGUCCAGACCUUGACUUCUUUAUCACACUCUCUUCCAUCACCUGCAUCAUCGGCAAAACCGGCCAGGCCAACUAUUCCGCAGGAAACGCAUUCCAAGAUGCAUUUGCUCAUGCGCAUGCUGGCAAAUCCCACACUCAAUAUAUCUCGCUCAAUCUGGGAGCCAUAGACGGAUCAGAAGCCAUUACAUCCCUGCCAGUCCGGCAGCAGGAACUGAUGCGCCAAGGUGCUAUCUUGGUGAAAUUCGAAGAGCUGUUCAAGUUGCUGGAGUACUCAAUGGGGCCUCAGGCUCGUCGGGACAAUUGUGUUCAGACCAUCACGGGCUUCGACCGGCAAUCUAUGGAAACGGUUCAGGACACAUUCGGGCUCAGUAACCCUCUGUUCAGUCAGGUUCCGUACCUUUCAGAGCAGCAAAACUCAGGAGAUGGGUCUUCAGACAAGGUGGACACUGAAAAGGCCAUCCGUAAUGCAGCGUCAAUCUCCGAGGCCGAGGAGAUUAUCACGCACGCCAUCGCUGAGAAGUUUGCGCUGUUCAUGGACCGAGCCCUGGAGGAUGUCAACCUGGACCAGUCUCUCGCCGCCUUUGGUCUUGACUCGCUCGUCUCGAUCGAGUUGAAGAACUGGAUGGUCCGCACCUUCCAGGUGACGCUGCAGACAUCGGAAAUUGCCGAUGCACUGAGCGUCGUGGCACUUGCAAAGACAAUCACUUCCCGGUCCAAACUGAUCAGCGAUAAGCUGCGCGGUAUCACGACCGAGUCUGAGCAGCCGGAAGACGUACCUAUGCAGACAGAGGAGCGAUCAACAGAAGAGGAGAAGAUUCAGCCAAACCACUCCUUUGAGUGCUGCCGGUAUGCAAAGGAUCUCCCCAGACAGCCUCUGAUGGAUCUAGACGAGGCGCUCGACAUGGUCCUUUCAAGCACGCGGCACUUCGCCUCAGGCGUUGAAUACGACAACAUCAAGCAAGCAGUUCUCAACUUCCGGGAUCCUGCAAGCACAGGACGCCAGCUUUACGCCCAACUUCAAGCCCAGGCAAACGAUCCAGCAGUCGAGAGCUGGAUCGCUGACUUGGUCACAGACGCGCUGUUCCUCAAGAAACGAUUCCCCCUGGUCCCGAUGUCGAGCUUCUUCGCCUCGCACCACGACAAUCCCACGCCGCAGGGCCAAGCAGAAAGAGCAGCGCUGAUUGCGACGACGGCCUUCCGGUUCAAGGAAGCCGUUGAGGCAGGCUCGCUCGAACCGCACUGGUAUUUCCAUAUCCCGUCCUGCACGUCCUCAUGGGAUUGGCUCUUCAACACAAUCCGCGAGCCGCACCUGGAUAUCGACCAGAUGAAGAAGUACCCCGGUAACGACUACUGCGUUGUUCUGAGACGGGGCCAUGUCUUCAGUGUGCCUCUCAAGGCAGGGAAUGAAGUGGUGCCGUACGCGAGAAUCAAGGCCACAUUCGAUGGCAUCUUGGAGAAAGUCCAGGAUGAAGGCGUGUGGACUGGUAUCUUGACCAACGACAAUCGGGAUUCCUGGGCCACGAUCCGCGAGAGGCUCAUCUCCAUGAACAGCGCGAACGCAGAGUAUAUCCGUGUAAUCGAACAAGCCGCAUUUGUGCUCUGCCUCGACGAAGGCGCCCCAACCACCGGACCAGAGCAUGUUCGCAAGGCGUUCCUAGGCGAUGGGUUCAACCGCUGGUUCGACAAGGGCCUGCAAUUUACAGUCUGUGAAAACGGCUCCUCUGGCUACAUCGUUGAGCACUCCAAGAUCGACGGACUAACCGUGCACCGCAUGAACGAGUGGAUUCACGAAGCCAUCCGCGGACAUACCCCCGAAACCCAGGCCAACGGCUCAAACGGGGCAUUGCCAGCUAUCCAACUGACCGAAUACACUCUCACCACAACCCCCGAGAUUGACACGCACAUGCAGACACUGCGACAAGAGCACAUCCAAGUGACAUCGGCCCGGGAAUACGGCUACACAACCCUAAAGCACUUUGGCAAAAACCUUCUCGCCGCACACGGGUGCCCGAUCAAAUCCGUCUUCGAUGUGACAAUCCAACUAGCCAGCAAGCUGUAUUUCGGCCACAACCCAGCCUCAUGGGAGCCGAUGUCCAUGGCUCACUUCCACAAGGGCCGAACAGAGAUCUUCCAAGGCGUGCUAGCAUCCGUGGGACAGUUCUGCGCCACAGCAGUCGACGACAACAUUUCCACUCUCGACAAGCGCGAGAUGCUCAUCCACGCUGCGAACGAAUACACGGCUGGUCUGCAGGUUUGUGGAAAGGGGAGCAAUUACUUCCGGCUUCUGACUGUACUGGAGACGAUGUGGCCGGCUGGACAGCCGUUGGCGCCGCUGUUUACGGAUCCCGUUUGGCUGAGGACGUAUCCCCGGUUUAUUAUGUCUGGGUUGACGGAUGGCGGGUCUUUGGAUUCGGCGUUUGCGUUGAUUGAUCCCGAGGGUGUGUGGGUGUGCUAUUCUAUCUGGGAAGAGGAGGCUCGGUUCUCGGUCGUAGGACCCACGGGGCAGGUUGCUCGGUUUGAGAAGGCGCUGGAUGAAGCCUCUGUUAUUGUGAAGGGGCUGGUGGAAUCGAAGUAG